AUGUGUAAUAAUAAAGGAAAAGAGAAUAAUAAUGUUUCAAUAAACACCUUUUAUGACAUUGUUGAAGAAAAUAAUAUAUCUCUAUUUAGCCCCAAAAAAGACCAGUGUGACACUUCUUGUGGUUAUCAAACCAAUAAUAUUAGUGAAAAAGAAUGGAAAGACCACAUUGAAGAUAAAAAUCGAAGUAGAGAAGAAAAAUGUAUGGACAAAGAAAAAGCUUUACUUAAUGAAAUACUGGUGUUUACAAUGGACCUGCAAGCAGUUAAAGUCUGCCCAUAUCUUAAAGCAAGUGCUCUAUAUUAUAAAAGUAAACUAUGUGUACAUAAUUUUACCACAUAUAAUUUGGCAACACAUGAAUCCACUUGCUAUUGGUGGGAUGAGACCCAAAGUGACCUUUCAGCAUCAUCAUUUGUGAGUUGUAUUAUAGAUCAAAUUACAGAAGCCCAUAACAAAAAUCCAAAUCUAAAUAUAAUACUUUGGAGUGAUGGCUGCUGCUACCAGAAUAGGAAUAAUGUACUGUCUAAUGCACUGUUAGAGUUUGCCAUAAAUAAUAAAGUUGUUAUUGAACAAAAAUAUUUAACCAAAGGGGAAACCCAAAUGGAUUGUGACUCAGUUCAUUCUAAUAUUGAACGCAAGUUGAAAAAUGCAGAUAUUUAUUUACCUUCAGAUUAUGUAAAAAUUACACAAAGUGCUAGGAAAAAACCAUUUCCUUAUAAUGUAAAAUGGUGUGAUACUUCAUUUUUUAAACGAUAUCAAAUUGAUUUAAAUAGAUAUGACUCAUUAAGACCUGGAAAAUCAGCUGGAGAUCCAACUGUUACAAAUAUAAAGUCACUUAGAUAUAGGUAA